UAAAGUCACGCCAUGCCUUGUUCCGCAUACAUGCGACAUCGGGUGGCUGUUGAGGCUCAAGCUCACUGUGCGGCUCUGCGAUGGAGCAUAUAAGCAAAACUGGCUCUGCUCCUUCCAAAGAGUCUAAUGUUUGGUUUGAUACAUAUACCUUACGAGGUAUUGUCAAAUAUUGUUGACAAUAUCAAUUUUGAUGAUGUCUUCAAUUUGGGCCUGACCUGUAGGGCACUGAGGUUCUUGCUUACAGAAGAGAGUAUUUGCAAAUCAAUUGUUCAGUCCAAGAUAAAAUACUCUCAUGAAGCCUUGGAAGCGAGGACAGUGCAUGGAUGCAAUAAUGCAUCUGCACUCCGGAGAGCAGCGAAGAGGCGCGAGGCCCUCGCGACUGCAAGACCGUUUGUUGUGGCUACCGUUGGGUUUGGAGACACAUACGUAUAUUGCAAGGGAAUCCUCUGUUACACUCUGGAUGACAGAUUGAGAAUCCUAGACCUACACCGUUCGGCGCAAUAUGAAACCGUCAUUAGCAUCCCAAGGUUACUGACCCAGGCGCUAAAUGACAUCGACGGCAACACCAAAGGGGUAUUCCAGGUUCUAUAUUGCUCAGACAAUAUAGUUUCGUGCGUCUAUAAGUCAUCUGGCGCGGACUGGGCAGCAUGGCUUGUCGCUUUCGACAUGACAGCCAGAAGAAUUUUGGUCACGGAGGAAUUGGGAUCUACCGACAAAAUCUUUGUGCGUCAUAAUCAGCAAUUCCUUUACUAUGGAACACAUUCGGAACUCGGUGCCGACGGCUACAAGAAAUGGGUCAUUCAGGGUUAUGACUUUGGAAAGGAAAAGUGGUUUGACCAAAAGAUACAUCUCCAUGAUAUGGUAGGCUCUGAAAUUGGGUCGACAAUCUGUUUUGAAUUUCACGAUGGGUAUUUCUAUGCGCUUUCCAACCAGACUUCAUUUGAGGUCGAGGAAAUCGAUUGGACUUCCUUCUACCAUUGUGUACGCUUCCCCCUCGAGUCCCCUUGCAAUGAACUACUGGAACGGACUGAGGAUCAUAGUAUGUGGAGACGACAGCAUCAAGAAGGCCCUAUUGAUGAUCGCUGGACAAGCCUCCGCCUUGACGUCGACGAGAGUACCGGCGAUCUGAAGAUUGUGGAAUCCCGUAAGGAAUGGCAAAUGGGCUCAAGCAGGAGCCAGCGAACGUACUACACCACAAACAUUAUAUUUCCGGGUCAUUCCAAGGACGAUGGCCCGACUUCCUGGUACAAUACUGAACCUGACCCAUGGACUCCCUUUUCUCCGGCUGCUUCUACAUCCCCCUCAGUCCAGAGUGCUGUCUGCUCUGGUUCAUCGGCUUCCGCAACAAGACCUGUGUCUGACUCCUCUGUCGCCACCUCAACUUCUGGAACAGCCAGCUCUCCUAAACUUCCAAGCCACGAUCUCUCGGCGCUUCCCAACGAGCCAAUUCUCCGUCUCCUACAACCAGACGACAACCCACACCACAUGCGCCCCCCUCCUCGUCUUCCACAGAACACCCACCCGGGAAACGAUGGUUCAAAUCUGCCUACCUUCACACUUGCCAAGUGCCGCGUUCGCUACUACCACACCUCAGCAAGCACCUUUCUUGAUCUUGUUGACGACCCACUUCCAACGGAUUGGAAAGGGACCCAACGACUACGGCUUCGAGCUGGCUCACGGAAGCUUGGGCCACCCCUCAUGUAUCCCUCCUCGCAUCCCAAGGCCGGGCUAUAUCGCAAGCCUUCCGCUGACCUUCCAACCGCAUUGAGAGAGAUGUAUAUUGAGCAGCCAAUCCAUUUCUGGCCUCCAGCUCAAGAUCCCUCCAACAUCGACGAGGACGUCGAUGCGUUGUACAAACUGUUGAACCCACCAACGCACAUUGGUAAUGUGGAGGGCACUGCGGACGAACGAAGCGUGGUAUAUGUCACGGGCGGCAAAGAUAGGCCACAAGCCAUUGUGUUUGUUGGCUUCGAUCCGGCGUUCAAGCUGGUGGGGGUGAAGAGGUGGGGCGGGACGAAAGAAGGCAUGUGCCAGAAAGGAGUGGGUGAGGGCCCUCACAUAUCUGGAAGAGCUUCCGGGAGUAGUGGAACACAAGGCGGGCUUGGGAUGGCCGGUAUUGACGUGCAUGAAGCAGACAGAAAACUCUCUAUUGACCGGAAAGGAAAAGGAAAGGCCAGAUCUGAAUCUGAACCUUGGGCACAGUUCUCUGAUCAAGCAAUAAUGACGGAAACAGAAGAAACCGCAGCAAGCCCACUUAGCAAGGCGUGCCCAGGGCGGAAUUGGGCAUGGAUAGAGAAACCCAUGUAUCAAGACAUCAACCUAGGAUAUCACUUCGGGCUAGAGCGCAAUCAGAACAUCUGAACAGGCCCAAGCCUCAUCUACCGUUUGAAUUUCUAUCUAUCUAC